AUGGAAGGCGCGGUCGAGGAAGCCGCGCUGGCAGCAGUUGCGCGGCCCGCGGCGCUCCCGUGCGCGCUGGCGAGGCUAGCGGCUCCGGCACUGGGCGGCGUGUACGCGGCUGUGCUCGCGCGCACCGUGCGCAUCGCGCGUCUGGUCGCGGGCGCCGAGCGCGGCCAGUCCGUGCCGCUACUGUCCUCGCGCGCGCAAGUGGCCGGAUGGACGGUGCUGGUAGCCCCGGGCGUGGUGGCGGCGGCGUGGGCGGCGGCGCGCUGGCCGCCGACGCCGCGCCUGCUGCACCCGGGGCGCGCGCGCGCCGUGCUCGCGUGCGGCGGCGAGCGCGCGACGGCUCAGCUGCUGCCGCUGGCGCCGGCGCUGCUGCUUCUGGCUUGCUGCGCGGUUGCCGCGAUUCGAACUCGCCGGUUACCGCAUAACUUCAAUGAAACCAGGUUCAUCGGCGCGGCAACAUACACGACGGGCGUGGCGUGGCUGGCGAUGUCGGCGCUGUUCGUGGCGCUGGAGGCGCGCGCUGUGGCGCUGUGCGCAUGCGCGUCCCUCUGCGCGGGCGCCUGCGUGGCCCUGUCGCUCGGCCCGCGCGCCUGGCUCUGUCUGUGUCGCCCGCAACGCAACACGCGCGCGCACUUCCUUACGAACACCUCCAUAAGAUGCCAUAUCGGGAAGUACCGCCCUGCGCCAGUCUCGCAAUCACAUUUGGUCCCUUUUAAACAAGAGUUCCGUGACAAGAGCGUGCAGACAGCAGGGUGCGCAGAGGCGGAGGUGGGUGCGGGAGCGGGCGCGGGGAGCUGGUGCGCGGCGGCCGGCGUGUGCGCGCGCGUCACGCGCUCGGCGCCGCCCGCCGGGGGGCGGGAGGGGGAGGUGGACGUCGUCAUCACGCUGCUGCACCACCGACACGUACUGCCCGUAGAACACUAG